UCCCAGGGGCGGGGCCAGAGCGAGCAGGCGGAAGUUCCCCGCAGGCCUCGGGGAGCGCGCGAGCCCCGCGAGUCACUUGUCAGCGCUCGACUGAGGGAGAGGCAGUGCCGCGCCGCUCCGGAGUUUCUUUCAUUUUCUGGCAUUGAACUUUGAGCCAUUAGAACCAUGAGCAACUACAGUGUGUCCUUGGUUGGCCCAGCUCCUUGGGGUUUCCGGCUGCAAGGUGGAAAGGAUUUCAACAUGCCUCUGACGAUCUCUAGUCUAAAAGAUGGCGGCAAGGCAUCCCAGGCAAAUGUAAGAAUAGGCGAUGUGGUCCUCAGCAUUGAUGGAAUAAGUGCUCAAGGAAUGACUCACCUCGAAGCCCAGAACAAGAUAAAGGGCUGUGCAGACUCUUUGAAUAUGACUCUGCAAAGAGCAUCGGCUAUGUCCAAGCCUGAGCCAGUUCCUGUUCAAAAGCCCACAGUCACCAGCGUGUGUUCCGAGACUGCUCAGGAGAUAGCAGAGGGACAGAGAAGAGGAUCCCAGGGUGACAGUAAACAGCAAAAUGGUAACCCUGGCACCGUGAAAAUCCCACCUAAACGCCCUCCAAGAAAACACAUUGUGGAACGCAACACAGAGUUUUAUCAUAUACCCACUCACAGUGAUGCCAGCAAGAAGAGACUGAUUGAGGACACUGAAGACUGGCGUCCAAGGACUGGAACAACUCAGUCUCGCUCUUUCCGAAUCCUUGCUCAGAUCACCGGGACUGAACAUCUGAAAGAAUCUGAAACUGACAAUACAAAGAAGGCAAAGGAAAAGAUACCCCUUCACGUCUUUAGUCCCAAAUACACAAAGUUACGUGACUGGCACCAUGAAGUUUCAGCACGUGCUCUUAAUGUACAGUGACUUAGAAGUCUUGCCCCCACCCCAAGCAUCCAGCAUAUACCUUUUCCUUCACUUCCUCUUUUUCACCUUCCUAGAAAAAUCUGUACUAAAUGUACAGAACCUUUUCUAUACCUUCCUAACAAUUUCCUAUUGUGAAAAUGAGGAAGAUGAACGUGUUUUGUGCUAGUUGGUAGCUCAUGAAUGUGAAAUCAAAGAAAGAAAACAAAGGACUAGAUCUGUUCAGUGUAUUUACAUCUGUUUUCGUUGUUAUUAUGGUUGUAACCUUGGAAAAGGAAUUAUUUUCCUAAGUUGGAUUUGCUUAGUUGGUUGAAGCAGAGGCAAAUGAGCAAAUAAUGUCCUUGUCUAAUCUGGAAAAUACUUCCUUUAUGUUAUUACAUUUUCCAAGAUUAGUUUUAAGUUCAUUAUUAGGGAAAGUUCAAAGUUGAUUGUAAAUUAGUUUAGGUAAGCAAAUAUGAGGCGACAAGAUUAAACAGAGACUUCAUUGGAGUUUAUUGUAGAUUUAGGUAUCUUUUAAAGCAGGUAUUAUUUAGGAUGGCUAUAUGAACAGGGGAGGCCUUGAUUUGGCUCCUACAAAAAAGGAAAGAAGAGAAUUCUGCCCUUGUUUGCCUUGUGGAAAUGUAUUGAUCUCUCAAUCUGGCUAGAUUCAAAAUCCUGUUUUCCACCAACGGAAAUAUAUCUCAGCUUGUGGAUGUUUUAUGGUAUAGCAAAUUUCUAGGUGUCAACUAGUAAGAUGGGUAGAAAGAUAACUUUGCUUCAUUUUUAAAUUGGAAGAAAAUAAACAAGAUAAAUUGAAAGUUAAAUGGUUCUGAGAUACCAGAGAAAUGUUUUACUUAGUGUUAUAAACUACUGUGUGUUGCUGCUAUUCCUAGGAAGCUAUGUUUUGGCCAUACAAAGAAGUUAAAUAUCUGACCAGAAAUGCUUUCUGCCUUGUAAUAUAAUGUAUUAUAUAUUAGAUCUAAAUUCAGUACUAAAUGCAUUUUGAAGUUUGGAAAAAUAUUGUAAUAAAGUUGCCUUUAACUUAGCUUUGUACUUGUUCUGUUUCCUUGAGGCUAGUAAUAAUGCCAUCCAGGACUUGUUAUAAUAUCACUUGAAUGAAAUAAAUAAUUUUCUUGACAUUUCAUUUGAA